AUGGAGGUGAGGGCUGGGUCGUGCGGCGCGGCCUUGGGAGCGAAGCCUCCGAGGGCUCGGAUCCCCCAUGACCGCCGAUUCCUCCCUCUCCUUCAGGCGUUGCAGUCGACGGGCCAGAAGCGGCCGGAGCCUGUUGGCGGAGGCCGCGGGGCCAACAAGAAGGGCAAGAAACAGCCGCCGCCUCCCCGGGCCGAGCCGAGCGGGCCGGGCCGGGGCCAGGGCCGGGGCGCCGAAGAGGUGGCCGGGGUGCCGGAGCAGGAUGAGCAGCUUCGGCUACAGAGGGAGCUGGACUGGUGUGUGGAACAGCUGGAGCUGGGCCUGAGGACUCAGAAGUCCACCCCAAGGCAGGCGGAACAGGCAGCCCGAGCUAUAAAGACGCUUCGGAGUCAUCGAGCGGAGUUACCCAAGAAACGUCAAGUGAUGAGGUCACUGUUUGGGGACUACCGGACCCGAAUGGAGGAAGAUCGCAAAACAGCCCUGAAGGCCAUGGAAGCUGCAGCUCGAUCAGCUCGGAUGCUGCCCGUUGAAGAGGCUGUCCGAAGGAAGAGUAGCCGGGUCUGCAGGCAUCGUCCGGGUGGAGGGAUGAGUUCUGUGCCUUCUCCAAAGGAAGAAUUUAGGUUUAACUUUUUUUAAUCCCUACCCACCAGGGAUCUCCCUAAUUUCUGCCAAAAAAUCUGCCACUACCACCCCCAACCCAUUCUAGGGGCUGGAGAGGGAGCAGGUAAUCAGGUUUGGGAAAGUCACCUGGUAGGCAGAUAUAUGAUUGAGAUGGCUCAGACUUCCUGCUUCUCAGAUGUGUGGUCAUUGUCACAGAAGCCCCUGCUUGACAUGUGGGGUCACCAGGCCCCUUGUGGGAUAGAUAUGUAUUUACCAUAUCUUGAAUUCUUUGAAGACAGACAAGCUUAGUUUGUACUGUGCCUUGGCUAGAGGGUGAAGAUGGAGGUAGCUGAAGCUGCUUGAAAAAGACUGAUUUGGCUUUUACCUCUUAGCUACCUUGGUGCCUCUAGAGAGGUCUUCAUUCAGUAAAAUCAUCCCUCAACUUUC